CGGAAGGGACUAACGCUGUAAGUUUCUCUUUCCGCGAAGUGAUAGUAUAAACACUGAGUUUCAGUCGCUGUGCUUUCAGUUUCGUUUUCAGGAAACCCAAGUUUUAUGAGUAUGUUCUAGUUUGUUUCUUGGUGGGAUACGACUUGUUCAAUGGAGCAGAAUCCAGUUUAGACGAACCACGGGUACGCUUUAUGUGUAACCGACCAGUUUCUCAAUGGCGGUGGUGGUCCGGAGCGGGCAAGGCUGGGUUUUGGAUGCACGUUCACUCAUUGAUCAGGGCUAUUCACGGUGCAUCCAAUGGAGAAAUGGUGAAAAGUCACAUGUCAAGUGUUGUUUCAAACGGCAGUGUUUUCAGAUUUCAAAAAGCUAUUAUGGUGUUAAUGUCGGUGCUGCGGUGGAUGGAGGAAACACGGAAAUGUUGCAGAAUAUAAACAAACCAUCAAAGAAAAGAAAACGAAAACACAGUGAACUCAACCAGGGGGAGAUUGAUUCACAGGUCUUCCAUGACAAGAUCAGGUCUGUCAUCCUGGAGGGAACCGAGUCCUUGGUGGAUUCUGCUCGAUCCCAGGGAUAUCUGACUGGGGCGACAGAUGCGGUGACAGAGCCUCUUCCUCUCCAGGAGUGCAGCCUUGCCGCUCUCUGUGAAAUGGCUAAAGAGCUUCCUCUAGUGGACGAUGAGGAGCAGGAGGAGCGUGUUCAGCCACUUGUUGCUGAGGAUGGCUGCACAUCACAUGUGGACUUGUUCUCUCGGGUGACAGAGAACAGGGCGGACUGGGCCACAGUGGUUACACUGAUGGGAGAGGAAUAUGUGAUCCCACCACACACAGCCUUCCUGCUGUCUGAUUUCACACAGAUACAGCCACUAGCCCACUAUGGAAUAAAGUUUGACUUAAUAGUUAUGGAUCCACCGUGGGAAAACAAGUCUGUGAAAAGGAGUCGCAGAUAUAGCUCUUUGCCCUCAUCGCAACUGAAAAGGCUCCCUAUACCUCUACUGGCAUCUACAAACUGUUUAGUGGUCACAUGGGUCACAAACCGGCCCAGCCACUUGCGCUUCGUCCGCGAUGAGCUGUAUCCUCACUGGGGGAUAGAGGUCCUGGCCGAAUGGUUCUGGGUCAAGGUGACCACAUCUGGACAGUUUGUGUUUCCACUGGAUUCACCACACAAGAAGCCGUAUGAAGUGCUGGUUCUGGGUCGAUAUCGUUCCUCGGCAGAUACCACCACAAGCUCCUCAGAGGCAUCAGAGGUUCCUGUAGAGGAUGGCCGUUUGAUUGUCAGCGUCCCAUCAGCUCUCCACUCCCAGAAGCCCUCACUGUCAGAGGUGUUGAAGCCGUAUGUAGGAGCUGAAGCCUCGUGUUUGGAGCUGUUUGCUCGAAGUCUGCAACAAGGAUGGACUAGUUGGGGCAAUGAAGUGCUCAAAUUUCAGCACUCGAGCUAUUUCACUUUUACACCUACAGAUGAUCCAGCAGACGUUUCUAAAGAUGAAGUCUGUGCAGACAAACCCUUAGUCACUCCAGCAUUCAACAACUCAUUUGAAGGAUCCUCUCCUCCUCAUCACUGAGCCACCACUGAGGACUAAUGACCCAUCUUUAACACUUGUCACAUUAGUAUUUCACUUUGUUUUUAAUAAAGAUUCAUCGCCAAAAUAUUUCAA